AUGCAAGUUGCAGUUGCUAGUACUUCUAAAGUCAACCUUGAUGAUCAUGAUGAUUUUACUUAUUUGUGUCGAAUAUGUGCUGUCAAGACACAUAAUAUUAUACCACUUUUUGGGAAAGAUGGUGAUGAUCAACACUUGAUUGAAAAAAUUAACAAGUAUCUACCAAUCAAGGUAUGCAAUGAUGAUUUAUUGCCAGCGGGAGUAUGUGAGCAGUGUUCAAAUGCUGUGUUAGCCUGGCAUGAGCUAGUUGAGUGCUGUCUCCAAGCAGAUGUUUCAUUUCAAAAUAGACUUGCUCUGUCACAAAAACAUGGAUUAUCACAGCCAACACCUGGUAUAUCGUCUAACCCAGAUACAGCACUCAAUGAAAAUGGAAUAAAGUUGAAAAAGGAGAUUAUGUUUCUCACAUUGGUAAAUAAUGUUCUAACCGAUUAUUUAAAAAGCAAUCAGAUGGAUGAUAAUGAAUGGGUUUUUGUGUGUCAAAAAUGUCCUAAGCAACCCAGCUUUGUCAAUGUCUCCACUCUGACCAAACAUUUAACUUUGAACCACAGUCAAAAUCUUCACAACAGAGAACUGCUCCAACAGUUUAUCACUACAAACAUAACAUUUAAUACAAUUCUCCUCACUGAUUCUGAACUUGCUGAACUUGACACAGAGAUAAAAUCCACAAAGUUUACGAAAGACGUUGUUUGCUUAUACUGCUCCAGCUCGUUUUCGUCCACAAAAAGACUGAUUUUCCAUUUAAGCAAACACAUAGAUAUAGGACAAAACGGCGACAUAGUAUGUUGCGAAGAGAACUAUGAUGAUACUAAACUGUUUGAACAACAUUUACGUGAUCGGCACGCGAAGCAAAUUCCGGCUCACGUUUGCAAAUCCUGCGGGUUCUCGGCGAACGACCAGUUGCAUCUACAACAACACAUUGAUGCUGAACACAAGGAAACACAGAGAAAAGAGCAUAAACCAUCUUUAAUAAGUGAUACGAGUCAAAGAUCAAUUCCAGCAGUUUGUCCGGAUUGUAACAAGACGUAUUCUAACAAAUACAACAUGUUCAUUCACAUGGAAACACAUCGAAAGCGCGAGGAGUUCCCUUGCAGCAAGUGCGACAAGACCUAUCUGAAUAAGGGGAGUCUAAACAAGCACACGGAGUUAGUGCACGAAGGCAAGCUACCCUACCCCUGUUCAGUGUGCGGCGAGAGUUUUCCCACUCGACGCGCACGCCACGUCCACUUCCUGUUGCACACCGGAGAGACACCCCACCGAUGCCCCCGCUGCGGCAAAGCCUUUCGCUCCAAGAACUCGUUGCGAGGCCACAUCGAGGCGCACUUAGAUAUAAGGAGAUACGAAUGCUCUCAUUGUUCUAAGAGAUUCAGAAAGAGCACUCAUCUAAAAAAUCAUUUGAACACCCACAAGAAGAAAAAUUAA